UGGGCUGCGCAUGCUCGUAGGGGCAGCGGUGGGCCUUGGGAGCAUCAAAAUGUCGACCACGGCGGUUCCGGAGCUGAAGCAGAUCAGCAGGGAGGAGGCGAUGCGCCUCGGGCCAGGCUGGAGCCAUUCUUGCCACGCCAUGCUGUACGCAGCCAACCCCGGGCAGUUGUUCGGUCGCAUCCCCAUGCGCUUCUCCGUGCUGAUGCAGAUGCGCUUUGAUGGGCUUCUGGGCUUCCCCGGGGGCUUCGUGGACCGGCGUUUCUGGUCUCUGGAAGAUGGUUUGAACCGGGUGCUGGGGCUGGGGCUGGGCGGCCUGCGCCUCACGGAAGCCGACUACCUGAGCUCACACCUCACUGAGGGUCCGCACCGCGUGGUCGCGCACUUGUAUGCACGGCAGCUGACGCUGGAGCAGCUGCACGCAGUGGAGAUCAGCGCGGUGCACUCGCGGGACCACGGCCUGGAGGUCCUGGGCCUUGUGCGCGUCCCACUGUACACCCAGAAGGAUCGAGUCGGAGGCUUUCCCAACUUCCUGAGCAACGCUUUUGUCAGCACUGCCAAGUACCAACUUCUAUUCGCUCUCAAGGUGCUCAACAUGAUGCCCUCAGAGAAGCUGGCUGAGGCUCUGGCAGCUGCCACGGAGAAGCAAAAGAAGGCGCUGGAGAAGGUGCUUCCAGCCUCCUCCUGAGGGCGCUCCUGUGCCCACCGUUUGCUGCCCUCCCUUGGCUGUGUCUACCCACAGGCCCUAGAAUUCCUGUGAAGUGUGCCUUCUAGCGUGUUUGGUUUUGCACCCCCUUCUGACUACAGGACACACAGGCAGCUCUUACUCUCCACUGCCCCAAGCAGUCUCUGGGACCCAGCUACCUUCUCAGGAUGGUCAGUAAGUGGCCUGGGCCUGGCUUAAGGAUGUUCUUAGCCAACCAAAGGCAUCCAUCCAGUGAGUAUCUUCAUGGCCGGUGGAGGCUAAGCUUGCACCCAUUUUUCCAAAGUGCACAGCUCCUGGACCCGUCAGGAGUUUUGUUCAGUGGAGGUGACCCUUGUCAGAUUCAACUCAUUCCCUCAGCCCAGAGUCUGAGCCAGCUUGGGAUGGGAUGUCGUGCUGUUCGUUUGGGUUGUUGGAUUUUCUCUUGUGUGAACUGUGGGCAAGGCUUCAGAGCAGCUUUGCCCCACAUGGCCUGGUUCCUGAGGACGGUAGGGCCUUGAGGCUCGGAUGUAUUAUGGAGAAAGACAAUAAAGCCGCUUCUCUUCUG